AUGUCAUGGCAAUUAACGUUUGUUUUCUUGUUUCCAAUCAUCACUCACGGUCAGUUAAUUAACAGCACGCAUAACCAACAUUGCAGUAUGCGCGGAAGUGACGCACGAGCCUCAGCACACGCCGACCGGUAUCCUCAGCCAAUUUCAGGGCUUUCGUACACCGAGACCUUUCCCUCCAAAUGCUAAUUUCAGUAGGUUUUUGAUUUAAAAAAAUAUAAUAAUUAAGUGUAUGCAUCGGUUUGGGCAAGUUGGUCAGCGUGGUCAUUUUGUGCCAACGGGGUUCAGGUCAGAGUCAGAGCGUGUAACACGGUACGAGGAUUCAGUUGCCUUGGAGCAAAUCGGGUGGGUCCCCAACCUUUUUACAAAAAAUCAUCAUCAACAAGAUUUUUUCACUUUGUUAUCUAUCUAUUCAGGAAACGAAAGAUUGCGAAAACCCCACAAGACCUUUGCCUUUGCCUCAGCCCGGAAAUCAAGCCCCAAGGAGAACACAAAACCAGGGACGGCCCGAUUACGACGUGGUUGAUCCUUGGGACGAUGAUAGGAAGGAGGCUUUAAGACAACUUGGGCAAUAUACAGACUAUGAAGUUCCGGAAUUAAAGAAUCAGAAGCCACAACAAGAUCUUAAACUGCGCGGAGAAAAGACGGCCAAGAAAUUUGGCCUCAGAGGUCCAGAACGACCAUUACAGAACGGAGUUCCAUUGCUAUCUGGACCUGCACAAGCCCCAAGUAAUAACAAAAUACUUUAUUUAAAUAUACAUGAUGUUUAGGCAUGACGCCAGAAAAAUUGUAUGGAAGCAAAACUGAAACUGGAUCGCCAGUUGUUGAACUUCCUUUAACUGGAGCCAGAGGCAGCUCUACAACAGAAGGCGAGCUCUCAACGUCUACAACCAUAGCCCAAACAAUCGCCGAGACUCGACCAGUCACAGAAACUACCUCAAAUCAGCCUGUUGUAAGAAAUGAAGAAACUACAAUAGAUAAUGACAUCAUUGUUACUUCAACCGUAGAGCCAACGACCAACCAGAAUGUUGAAUCCAAUGAUAAGGUUGAAAUUGUUUCUUCGAUAAGUCAACAUUUCAAGGAACAACAGCUUGAACAAGGUGUAAACAACACUCCGCUGACUCCAGCAUUGGGAAUAGCUUCGGUAAACGAGGAAUCCAUUGCCAGUGUUAUUGAAGAAGAAGCGACCGGGAGAUCAAGGUAAUUAAAAGAAUGUCCUGUUUAUUUAUACUUUACAGAGCACAAACUCCAACAAUGACACCCUCCGGACGUACCAGAAUCUCUGUUCCAAUUCAGCCACCUCCAACAAUUAUCUUCCGUGAACAGAAGACAACCCUAUCUCCAAUACAGGCUCCAACAACAAAGAAAAUCAAUUCAGGGGAAGUGGAAGCACCGAAGAAGCCAGAGGUAUGCAGAUAUCCUUACCUUACCUUAUAACAAUGUUUUGUUCAUCUAGGUCGUAAACGUCGACACAGUGAAGGCCCUUCAAUGGAUGUUAAAUAACAUGACUAAUGCUGCAAAGCAGGCAGAUACCAAAAGGAUUCAUCAAAUGAAUCUUGAUUCAUCCGUUUUGCAUUCAGGUGAAGUAAUUAAAACAUUGGGGGAAUUACAACCCUCUGCACAAAAAUCAUUCGCAUCCCGAAUUCACAAAAUUCCAGCACCAUUAGUAGACAAUGAUGAAAGUGAUCUUCUUGGAAAUGAAAAAAUACUUCAAGAAGAACUUGUCAGACUAAAGUCGACCAUGGAUCAAGUUGAGUCGGAACUGAAAGAACUGGAGAACGAUGAAAUCGAAUCCGAAAAACCAAAGUUCGAUACAAAAAAGGCCCUAAGCCUGAACUUAGUACCCCAGGCAAAGACUGUAAACAGCCAAGAAAUGAUAGACAGUUCUCCAGAGAUUCUGGAUCAAAAUCAACGGCGUAAGUCAUGCAGCGGAUAUGUGCAAGUAAAAAUGAAUUUUGUGAGGACGAUAUUCAUCUGCGGUCUUUCUAAAUGAUCUAAUAUGUUCCUUUUCAGAAGCCAAGUGGAGUAAUUGGGGACCAUGGGGCAAUUGUUUAUGCGGCAAACAAAUGCGAACAAGAGCGUGUCACUACGGUGUUUAUUCCGGCGGUAUGUUUAAAGGCGCAAUUUGAUUUUCUUCAAGGUUGUGUGGGGAGGUCCUACCAGUCCAGAUUAUGCCGCUCUUAUGAUGAUGACUCAUGCCCAACUCCCAGGCAUUCUCAUGAAAAUGGAUUAGUUUCAACGCUCCAUGAAGGUUCAGCUUUCCGACGGCCGUCAUAA